GAAAGUGUACCAUCCAAGUGAAUAAAAUGGGGAACUGGAUAGUUAACCAUGGAAUGUCAGCACUCAUACUGGUGGUAUGGAUGGGCAUAAAUAUAUUCCUGUUUGUCUACUUCUACCUUUUCUACGACCUGGGUGAUCAAUUUUACUACACGCGUCACAUUCUAGGGUCUGCAUUGGCCUGGGCUCGAGCCCCCGCUGCAGUUCUAAACUUCAACUGCCUCCUGAUCCUGCUGCCGGUGUGCCGCAACCUGCUCUCACUCCUGCGCGGAUCCUUCAUGUGUUGCGGGCGGUCAAUGAGGAAGCAGCUGGACAAAAAUCUCAGUUUCCACAAGCUGGUGGCCUACAUGAUUGGCCUGAUGACAGCUGUGCAUACUAUUGCCCAUUUGUUCAACAUGGAGUGGUACAACAACAGCAGACGGGGAGAGUAUGAUACCCUCAGCACCGCCCUUUCUAGUCUGGAGGACACAGACAACGAAACCUACCUGAAUCCCAUUCGCUCCACUUCCACUACACCAACCUAUGUGGUGUUCACCACCAUCGCUGGGAUCACAGGGGUCAUCAUCACCCUGGCUCUUAUCCUCAUCAUCACUUCAUCCAUGGAGGUCAUCCGCCGUAGCUACUUCGAGGUCUUCUGGUACACCCACCACCUCUUCGUCAUCUUCUUUGCUGGGCUGGUCAUUCAUGGAGCUGGGCGCAUCGUGCGAAGUCAAACCACCACUGAUCCACCUCACAACUACUCUGUCUGUAAGGAUCGGCCACAGGACUGGGGCAAGAUACCCGAGUGUCCCAUCCCGCAGUUUGCAGGAGGGUUCCCACAGACCUGGAUGUGGGUCAUCGGUCCCAUGAUCCUCUACCUUUGUGAGCGUCUGCUGCGCUUCAUUCGCUACAUGCAAGCUGUCAGGUACAGAAAGAUUGUGAUCCGGCCAUCUAAGGUGCUGGAGCUGCAGCUGGAGAAGGCGGGUUUCAAGAUGGAGGUGGGGCAGUAUGUCUUCCUCAACUGCCCCGCCAUCUCGCAGCUGGAGUGGCAUCCCUUCACCAUGACCUCCGCUCCCGAGGAGGACUUCUUUAGCGUGCACAUCCGCUCCGUCGGGGACUGGACCCAAAAGCUCAUCAGCAUGGUGGAGCAGCUGCCAGAGGGUGCACAGGGACCCAAAAUGGGUGUGGAUGGCCCAUUUGGCACUGCCAGUGAGGACGUGUUUGACUACGAGGUCAGUAUGCUGGUCGGCUGUGGCAUUGGUGUGACACCCUUUGCUUCCAUCCUCAAGUCGAUCUGGUACAAAUUCAAAGAGUCAAACCCCAAACUUCGCACAAGAAAGAUCUAUUUCUACUGGCUGUGCAGGGAGACGCACGCCUUUGAGUGGUUCGCAGACCUUUUGCAGGUGCUGGAGACGGAAAUGGAAGAAAGGGGCAUGAGGGACUUCCUCACCUAUAAGCUCUUCCUCACUGGAUGGGACCAAAGCCAUGUAUCGCACGUGAUGGUUCACUUUGACGCAGACACAGAUGUCGUCACAGGUCUUAAACAGAAGACCCACUACGGCAGGCCCAACUGGGAUAAGGAGUUUGAACAGAUCCGCAAAGAGCACCCAACGUCAGUGGUUGGCACAUUCCUCUGCGGGCCCCAGGUACUCGCUAAGACCCUCGAGAAAAAAUGUGUCAAGUACUCGGAUGUGGAUCCUCGAAAAACAAAGUUCUAUUUCAACAAGGAAAAUUUCUGAGCGAUGCCUCAGAAAUGGCUGCACACCCAAAGAACCUGUUCAUCGCUCUGUCAAACGAACAUUUGGGUGCUCUUGGGGACAAAAAGAAGACAAGA